AUGGAUAGAAACAGCUUACAGCGCUCAGGAAGUAUCCAUUCUGGCAGUAGUGCGAGUAAAAACUAUAGUAACCUUAAUGCCAACCUUCAUGCAAGGGUGAAGGCGUUUCAGGAGCAGCGGAAGCUUAAAAGAUCUGGGAGUGUGGGUUCGAAAACUUCUAAUCCCCCUCAAGACGCUUCAUCUAUACAGCAUAUUGUGAAUAAGCCACUUCCUCCGCUCCCUGGAAAUAAGAUAAUACAGCCGCAAAAAAGCCAGUCUAAAGAAAAGCUCCCGGAGGGUGUAACAUCGCAAUUGGAAACGAUAAGGCAGUCGGAAACAGAAGAUGGUACACAGUUACAGAACGAGUUUUCAACGGUACACGAGACGCAUGAAUCAAAGAAGUUGGUAGAGCAGAAUGAGCAAGACUCUAACCUGAAUAUGGCACAGGAUGUACAGGAGCAGCUGCAGCCGCAUACGGAGCAGCCGCAAGGUGUUGGGGAAUCUAGAGAUAGUGAGGUAUCAGAGCAGGGUUCGGAACAAGCGAGUACGAAGUCAGACGAUGAGCAUGAAGAACUAGAAGAUGAAAGACUUCUAGGGGAAGAGAGAAGUAUGCCCGGAGAGUUUUCCGGGGAAGGUAAUUCCCAGAUAUCUGACCAGACAGCGGAAUCUUCUCAACAACAAAGCCACCGUGCAAUUGGUUCAUAUUCUGCAAUGAAGUUACUGCAACUACAGCAGCGUCUACAACAGCAACGCUUUUCUACUCCACAGCAGAGAGCUCGAUUUUCAUCAGAAGUCCCAAAACAGGGACUUCCAACACUUAAUAAUUUUCAGGGUCAAUUUAACCCAAUAAGACGUGCGCCCAGAGCACCUGAGUCCAGCAGCCCCAGAGCACAUCCUAUACCUAAUCAAGGGGCAAUAGCUGGCGUACAAGGGCCUGCAAGACCUAAUAACUCUAUAAAUCCCUGUGAACCAAACAUAACGGCUAAACCUAAACUUUCACUCUCUGCACGCAGAGGGAUGAAACUGCCACCAGGCAGCAUGAAUUUAAAAACGAAGCAGCAGCCGCAAGAGUUUGCAUCACAGCCCUCGAAUAAAAAUACAAGUGCACUUCCCAAUGCGAUACCUGCACUACCAGUGCAUCGGAAUAGCAAAAGUAAUCCUGGAUCCCUUACUAACGGAAUCCAGACGACUUCAACUUCUUCAGAAAAGCAGGUGGACACGGAGGGAACAGAGCCAAGCAAGACUAAUUCCGGCUCCAACUCUAAUGGGGGUCUAUUUGCAAUGUUUUCAAAAUAUGUUGAUAUAAAGUCUGGUUCGCUGAAUUUUACUGGCAAACUCUCGCUUUCAUCUCAAGGUGUUGAUUUUAGCAAUGGCUCGAGCUUCCGAAUUACCCUAGAUGAACUUAAAUUUAUGGAAGAAUUGGGUCACGGGAACUACGGAACAGUUUCCAAAGUUCUGCAUAAACCCACAAACGUUAUGAUGGCAAUGAAAGAGGUCAGACUGGAGUUAGAUGAGUCCAAGUUCAACCAAAUUUUGAUGGAACUAGAAGUGCUGCAUAAAUGUCAGUCUCCUUAUAUUGUAGAUUUUUACGGCGCAUUUUUUAUUGAGGGAGCAGUCUACAUGUGCAUGGAAUUAAUGGAUGGUGGCUCUCUAGACAAGACAUAUGAUCACGAAGAAUUGGGCGGAGUAGAGGAGCCUCAACUAGCUUUUAUCACAGAAAGUGUCAUCCGUGGCUUGAAGGAGCUGAAAGAUGUUCACAAUGUUAUCCAUCGUGAUGUAAAACCUACAAAUAUCCUAUGCUCGGCUGUACAGGGAAGCGUCAAGUUGUGUGAUUUUGGAGUAUCAGGAAACUUAGUUGCAUCCCUCGCUAAAACAAAUAUCGGUUGCCAGUCUUACAUGGCUCCGGAGCGCAUUAAGUCCCUCAACCCAGACAUGGCGACAUACUCUGUACAGUCAGAUAUUUGGUCAUUGGGACUAUCUAUCGUGGAGAUGGCCACAGGUGCUUACCCGUAUCCUCCAGAGACUUACGAUAACAUUUUCAGCCAAUUGAGCGCCAUCGUAGACGGCCCACCCCCACGCCUUCCUGCAGACAGGUUUUCUAGCGAAGCUCAGGAUUUCGUCAGUAUGUGUCUGCAGAAAAUUCCGGAGAGGAGACCUACAUAUGGUGCACUACUAGAACACCCUUGGCUCAAAAAUUACGACCGCGCAAAUGUUAACAUGAACGAAUUUAUAUCAACUCGUUUAGCGAAGCGACAAUACAUGGAGAAAAAUAGGGAAACAGAUGUACAGAAAGUCGUACCAGCAUUACAUAUGGGUGGCCUAAUGUCAUAG